UUCAUAUAAAUUUUCAUAAUAAAAUAACUUAAGUUAAAAAUUGAUAAUAAUAUAACGAAUAAUUGUUAUGUCUGAGCUGCGCUCAAAAGUAUUGCAGUUAUACAAGCACUUACAAUACUUGGGCCGGGAAUAUCCUGGAACAAAUGGAGCUGAGAAAUUUCGAAAAAAAUGUCAUAAUGCUUUUAUGGCAAAUAAAGAUGAAAAAGACCCGAGAAAAAUAAAGGCACUUUUAGCGCAGGGACGUUAUGUGGCAAAAGAAGUUGAGGCACUUUACUCAUUACGCAAAUAUCGGGCAAUGAAAAAGCGUUACGAAUAAAAUAAGUUAAUAAAUAAUUGUUAAAUAUA